CCCUUUACACUUGAAUGCAACUGGUAAAAUGUCCUUUUCUUUCAUUUUCUCCAGGACUCAGCGAUCUUCGAUCGAAAUUAUCAAUUAUACCGCAGGAUCCUAUCUUGUUUAUUGGGACAGUAGGGUAAGGAAUUACUAGGAUUCAUGAAAACAACUCACAUUAUUCGAUGAAUUUGAAACUAUACAUGUAUUUGCCAUAUUAUGUUAAUGUAAAUAAAUUAAUGCAUAUUGAUUGAAUGAUUUCCUCGUUUUGCGAUAUUCAUAUUUUCACUUGAAAAUUAUUCCACGAGUUUGUACGCGGUAAAUGAAUAUUUUGUUAUAAUAGAUACAAUCUGGAUCCAUUUUACACACAUACCGAUGAAGAACUGUGGCUUGCUUUAGAAAGAGCACAUCUCAAAGACACUAUCAGUAAUUUGCCACUGAAAUUACAAGCACCUGUUGUUGAAAAUGGAGAAAAUUUUUCUGUUGGUGAAAGACAACUGAUGUGCAUGGCCAGAGCUUUGUUGAGAAACUGUAAGGUGGGUUGAUGGUCUAUGUAGAGAGCGCAACAUCCAGAAUAUUUGGAGCAAAAUUCAGUACCAAUCUCGUUCAACAAUAUAAUAAAUACGUUUCCAGUUAUGAUUACAAGGGUCACGUUACAAAAGCAAAGAUAUCUAACAGACAUUAUAUGGCAUGGAUUUGUCAGACGUUUUAGUAAUUGAAGAAACAAAUAUAGUAAGAACGGUUCUUUAAUUACCUUUCAGACAGGCAUUAAAAUAGCGUGUCCUUGUACACACUUUGUGUCCUUGUAAAAUGCGAAUGUGCCCUUGUAAAUUGAAAAGUGUGUACUUGAAAAUAUAUUAAACUGAAAAUAUAUUAAUGUAAUCCACACAAAAUGGCCAAAGAUUUUGCAAAUUCUGUUCUCAGAACUCUGGAAAUGCCAUUUCAGAGACCCCCUUAAAAGCUCGCGUCUUUGACACUAAACUGGUGACUUCGCCACUCGUCCUCGUGAGUCUGCGCAUUUGUACCAAAAAUACGUCUCUGAAGGCAAAGUGCGUCCUUGUAAAAAUUCCGUAUUUUAAUGCCUGCUUUCAGAUCCUCAUGCUUGAUGAAGCCACAGCUGCAAUAGACUCUGAAACGGGUAUGAUUAAUAUCGUGCAUUCAUAUAUAUUUUAAAUUUUGACCAGAAUUUGUGUUAUUAAUGUUUGGUAUUAAUCCAAACAAGUAGUAACUUCAAAAUUGAAUGAAAUAUUGAAAAUUGCAACAGUUUCUAAUGUCCAUUAUUCCUGCAAAUUUUCGUAUUAAUUAGCCAUUCCGAAGUUGAUGAGUGGACUGGGGACGAGAGUUAAAAAGUGGCCAAAUUAAGAAAUGAACCAAAUCACUAGAAAGACCACCUCAAAAUUAGUAAGUAUGCAAAGUUUGAAGACGUUUACAUAAAUACCCUUCGAAUAAUAAGCUUUCAAAAAUUGUGAAAUUACUGAUUAAAGCCGGUUUUCCACUAGGCGGAAUUUUGCGCGCGGAGCGGAAUCUUUCUUUGUCUUUUCUAAUUAGUUCCACCCGAGAAAUCACAAGACAAAGAAAAUUUCCGCUCCGCGCGCAAAAUUCCACCUAAUGGAAACCGGCUUAAAAGAUUGUUUUGGGGACGCGCGUCCCCAAAAAUUACAGUACAUUUCACUAUAGUAAAUAUCGCGAUUUUCGAAAGCUUUUUAUUCGAAGGAUAUUCGUGAAAACAUCUUCAAACUUCGUAUACUUACUAAUUUUGAGGUGGCCUUUUUAGUUUGGUUCAUUUCUUAAUUUGGGCACUUUUUAACACUCGUCCCCAGUCCUCUCAUCAACUUCGGAAUGGCUAAUACGUAACACACGGAGAGGAGGUAACAAAGAUUAUUAUUUUGCUUUAAAGCAGCAGACUAAUUUGCAACCUGUACAUCAGACAUAUUUUCCUCAAUAUAGACGCAAAAAUUCAGGAUACGAUACGUGAAGCAUUUAAAGAUUGCACGAUGUUAACGAUAGCUCAUCGUCUCAAUACAGUCAUGGAUUCUGAUAGGAUUAUGGUCAUGGAACAAGGAGAAGUAAGGAUGCACAAAAAACUGUGAAUCUAUAGGGAAUCGCCUAUAAUCUGAAGCCUGGCUCAGUAAGCGCUAAGUCAAUACACGGUAGCGUUUUUACCCAAUUCACAACAUCGAAUAUAACUGUCUAGUGACUAUCGUUGCAGUUUGCGAAAGCAUGAAUUUUAUUUGGAAUAGGCUUAUCUAUACUUGAUGUAAAUAAUUCGGGUUGUCAUUGUUCCAUUGUAUGUUUCAGUAAACUGUAGCAAUAGUAACCAGGCCGCGAGUUAUCUUGAGCACAUGAACAAGCGUUAUGUGCAAGGAUUUUUUCCAUUCACUUAAACGAUGAGAUUACAUAAUUAUACAUUGCCUAUUUUCCCAACCACUAUAUGUAGUGUACCUUCGGCUGCGUUCUUUUCAUUUAAAAUUUUUUUCAUGCCCAUUCAAAUUUUAUGUUUUUUACCUAAUUCUGUGUCUUCCUUUAUCCUCCUUAUCCAUUUAUUUUUCCUUCCAAUAGAAGGUAUGAUCCCAAAUGUAACUCACCUUCAUGUUUUGACAAUGUCCUCUAUUCUUACUUGUCAUUUUUUUAUUCCUUUUCGAUUGCAAGAUCUUUUAAUAAUUUAUUCUUAAUACUGUACUCCUUUACAGUAUUUAGUGUUAACAUUUCAUUUCUUCUAAUCUACGAAAUUUGAUUUACCUGAGAAAUGAAUCCGCACUGCAUGUGUUUAGGAAUUACGGGAUCACAAAAGACUGAAGGAAUACAGGGUGUUCCAAAAAAUGCAAUAACUGUGUUCCGAUAAUAUGGACCACUGAAAUCAUGCAUUAGUUGUGUUAAGUGGCAAUAGUCAAAUAGGUUUCAUGAUCGCUUACAUUAAACAUUUUACUCGAACAACUAAUGAGCUCAGUAGUAGAAAUUCUGUCAAUAAUCUGGAACACAGAAGUCAGAUCAACAUUCAGAUUAAGCCAUAGUACCGCCAUAUAGUUAUAACAUUAAAUAUUCUUAAUAGAUCAUUCUCAGUAGAGUUAUUUGCCGAUACUUCCAUAUUUUAAUAAUAAUGAUAGUUUAUGCCAUCAGGCUGUUUUGCUAACCAAUGGUAAUCUGGUAACAAUCUUAUAUGUUUCAGAUUGUCGAGUUCAAUAAACCAUCUGUUCUCCUGGCAAACCAAGAUUCGCUCUUUAGUUCGCUUGUUGCUGCAACUGAAAAGAGUCACCAAAACAAAAACAGUUCAAAAUGAUUGCAUUAUAAUAAUGUUCAUUAAAUGUAAAUUAAAUUUUGAAAUUUCGGAAGAUUUUAAUAAACGAUCUGUGAUCAUGAUAUUGAAAUUCAUGGUCAUGAUAAUGAAUUAAACUUUAUUCAUGGUCAUGAUAUUGAAAGAGUCCCUAAAUUUAAAAUGGGGGUAAUGCUUGAUGAACAUAUAACCUGGAAGGAACAUUGUACCAUUUCCAAGAUAUUCAUUUUUCGCAAUAUCCGGUUUGCAGCCGCCAGCCAAAAAAGUUUAUUGACGGUAUAGGUGAUAUCUCUUCAAAGAUUUCUUCGUUUUUGUGUUCCAUAUUGUUUUGAUGCCACAAUGCAGAUGGCUGGACGUGAUGAAGUUUUGCAUUCACGUUAUACGCUUGCAUGUGAAGUAUAUAGUACUGAUUUACGCACCAUAUUUGCAAUGGAACUACUAUAAAUUAAAGUGUAUAUUUGUGUGAUAUGUUAUAGCCUAUCUUUAUUGUAAUAGAUUGGUCAUUUCCUGUGUUUUAUUCACAUUAAGCAUUCCUUGUUUUUUUAUCCAGUACUCAGUAGACGCCAUGUACGCUACAGCGUACCUAUGUUUGACGAAGUCUUGAAGAGGCCUGGUAUUUUGUUUUUUUGAACUACCAAAUUCUAUGUACCAAACGUACGUGACAAUUAAUUUAAAUAGUGACGUUUUAAAAUUGGAGCAAUC